AUGAGUGUCGCUACACCUGCAGCCAGGCGCCUGCUCUGCAGGUCUCUGGCAGCCAACUCCGCGAAGACUUCCGCACGCGCCGCCGCCGCCGCCGCCGUCCCGGGUUCAAUAUGCCAACGACACAGCUUUCACGUCUCGGCGCCCGUUGCAGGGAGGAAGAGGUCACCUUUUAAGAGUAUCAAGGCCGGUGAUGUUGACCUCAACGACUCUGAGGCGAGGAAACAGCUCAAUGAGGCGGCCCUGCCAGACUGGGAUGAAACUGAUCUCCAGUCUCUCAAGAAGAGAUACACGCCGGAGCAGCUCAACGCAGUGCAGCUCGGUGAGAAUGUCAUCGAUUUGGAUGAUAUGGUUGAGCAGGGCAGGCUAAGGAACGACCCGUACGCGUUCGAGUACCUCGAGGACUUCUCCACGGUCCGCCCGGUUGUGGACAAGCGUGUCAAGACCCACCGACCAGUCGAUACCACUGCGAAAUUCAUGACGCCGAGCCAAUUCGGCGACGACUUCGUCGACUUCAUGCGCGAAUUGAACGAGAAGCGCGGUGUGUCGCACGACAUCACCUACGAGCAGGCGCUCAACAUGUACGAGGACAUGCGGGCCAAAAUGUUGAAUAGCAACCCUGGCGAGGCAUUGUCAGCGACCGAGCUUGCAGAAGCCAUGGACAGAGUCGUUAGCGAGGCCGGGUCGGCAGAGGAAGACGUGGCGGAAGACAUGGCAAAGAGCCAAGGCACCGAUAUUGAAGACGACAUCUCAGACUUGGAUGUAUACAAAUAUCUCAUGGAGCGCAACUCCAUGACUGGAUUCGACGGCGGCGAUACCCACUUGGCGCCCGACCUGCCCGACAAGGUGCCUGGCGUGGCUGGCCUUUACAAGAAGUCGAUGGACGAUUCUGACUCGGCCCUGGAUCCCGAAGGCACAUACCAAGAGCUCAAGAAGAAGACAGGCAUGAGCGUGUCCCAGAUCCUCGACAUCUUCAACAAGCAGACAAAGAUCCUGGUCCGCAGGUAUGUCUCCAACCAGACACGUCUGGGCAAGAUCCGCAGCAGCUACAUCCUGGCCAUGGCCGGCAACGGAAACGGGCGCAUAGGCAUAGGCGAGGCCAAGUCUGUGGACCAGGAGGUUUCCGUCAUGAAGGCGAAGCUACUGGCUAUCCAGAACAUGGUGCCCAUCCGGAGAUAUGAGAAUAGGACGAUUUACGGCAAUGUGGAGGCCAAGGUUGGAGGCACAGUCGUUCAGAUGUUCACGCGGCCACCUGGAUUCGGUCUCCGUGUCUCCCACCGCAUGUUCGAGAUUGCCCGUCUCGCGGGUAUCUCUGACCUGUCCGUGAGGAUGCCUCGCUCGCGAAACCCCAUGAACUCUGUCAAGGCCUGCUUCCAGGCUCUGACGAACCAGCCCGACCCGGAACUGAUUGCGCUCGGCCGAGGCAAGAAGCUCGUCGAUGCGCGAAAAGUCUACUACGGUGGUGCUGUACAAUAG